AUGGCUGGAAAGCAAGGUGAUAGAUAUUAUUCCAUUGAAGCACCACUUUUGAAUGAUGAGAAAGUGAAUGAUUCAAAUACUACUAAUACUAAUACUAAGGAUCCAGAGAGCUUCAUAAUCCAUCAUGUGGGUAGCGCUUCUGUAUUCAAGACAUGCUUCAAUCUACUCAAUGUUAUCUCAGGAGUUGGUAUUGUUUCAAUGCCGUAUGCCCUAGCAUCAGGAGGAUGGUUAAGCAUAUUUCUUCUGUUUACAAUAGCCAUAGCAUGUUGUUAUACAGGCACAUUGGUUAAAAAGUGCAUGGACAUGGAUCCUGAUAUCAGAACCUUUCCAGACAUAGGUUUUCUUAUUUUAGAAGGAGACAAUCUAAACAAACUGAUACCAAAUGUGGAAAUUCACAUAGGAGAGUUUACCAUUGUAAGGGCUUUGAAUUGGACUGGAAUUCCUUCGGCGGUUAGUUUGUAUGCUUUUUGUUAUAGUGCUCAUCCGGUUCUUCCUACUCUCUACAACUCUAUGAAGACCAAAAGUCAGUUCUCUAGGGUGCUAAUUAUAAGCUUUUCAACAUGCACGUUUGGUUAUGCAGCAGCGGCAUUUCUAGGUUACUUAAUGUUCGGACAAGAAGUCGAAUCACAAGUAACUCUAAAUCUCCAAACAGGAAAGUUAAGUUCAAGAAUAGCAAUAUACACAAACUUAGUAAAUCCAAUAGCAAAAUAUGCAUUAAUGCUUACACCAGUAGUAAAUGCAGUAAAAGCAAAGGUUUCAAGCAACAAAAGGGUCACACAUAUGAUUAUUAGUACAUCUUUACUAGUAACCUCUCUUGUUAUAGCAGUGGCAAUUCCUUUAUUUGGAUACCUUAUGUCACUUGUUGGAGCAUUGUUAAGUAUCUCAGCUUCAACUUUAGUGCCAUCCAUUUGUUACUUGAAGAUUUCUGGAGAUUACAAGAGAUUUGGAAGAUCAAUGAUUAUUAAUUAUUCUAUAAUUAUAAUGGGAGUUGCUAUUGCUGUUUUUGGUACCUAUACAUCUCUUGUGGAUAUUAUUCAAAACUUGUAA